AUGAAACCAUCUAAAUUGCAAGAUCAUCUGAGAAGAUGCCACCCUGAUAAAACAGAGAAAUAUUUGAAAUACUUUCAAACACUCAAAGAUAAAUUUCAGAAGAGACCUACACUGGACAGAAUGUUCGCUUCGACGUCACAAAGAAAUGAUGAUGGUUUGCGGGCGUCUUACAAUAUCUCGUUACUUAUAGCAAAAUCCGGAAAACCGUAUACUAUCGGAGAGAAGUUAAUUUUGCCAGCCGUUGAAGAGGUUUUAAAAACUGUUUUACACAAACCUGCAUCUGAUAUCAUUAAAAGAAUUCCCUUAAGCAACAAUACUGUUGAAAUACGUAUUGAUUGA